GACGGCAUCGUUUUUGUGGCCAUCAUGGUGGUGGUUACCAAACAAAAAAAUAGUUCAACCAUCUACUUACCCCCUGACUCGGGGGGUUUUUUUUCUCUGAUUCUGAUGAAGCUUAUCGAGCGAAUAUCAUUUCGUUCGAGAACCUCGCCAUCCAUUUCAGAUCUACCGAUUACUCCCCUUAUCUUUUCCAACUUCUCCACAUCGUUCGGUUGGUUCCUUCGAAACAGACUCGCCACGGAAUCAUCGAUAUCGCUGAAAAAAAAAACCCCCCCCGGGAUAUCAGGAAAAAUGCCUUCGUCGUCGUGUCCAGCGGGGAACACGCAUAUUGGCAGCGGCAGCAUGAUUGUGGUUUCGUGUCCCGUGUGCUGCGGGCAUCCGCACAAUGAGCGGAAACCUUGCUGUGGGAGGUGCUGUGGAGCUGGGUAUUUGCAGAUGGCUUGUCCUGAGUGUGGGUAG